CUAAGCAAACAUAUCAUAAGCGUGGAAUGGCUGGUGGGGACGGAAACGUGGCCAUUUCUUCCAACAUUCUUUCUGUGGGUUAAAUAUAUUCUACUCCCUGCUCCCCAGAGCCGACUAAUAGUUUUGGACAGGGCACUUGAUACCUACACCCUGUUCUCUCUUCUUGGUGCGUCCUGACACACUCAGUAUAGUCUGUUUUAUUUUCUUCCAGAAAUACCGUCCGAACUGUUCGAAAAUAAGCGUACAACUUUAUUUCAAAGAGAAGACAAUCCCGUCCUCCGCCAUUAGGAGAUCUGUAAGUGAUCGAAGCUUCCUUCUUUAUAAGGUGGUUGAAACAGAAUAUUUCAUUGUUUUAGAUUCGUGAUAACGUAGAGGAUUAAAGGGCCUUCCAAGUGUCCUGAAAUUCGGAGUUGAUCUGAAAAAUAAAUGGCAGAAAAUGCCCGUUGGUCCAUGUGGAUUAUCUACAUUCCUGGAGGAAGAAGAGGCGGCAGAAGCUGGAAUAUUGAUUUAAAAACAAAGUGCUGGGGCAUCUGCGGAGGGGCAUGGACAUACUCUUCAAUACGGGACCCCUCGUUAGCACGAUGCAGGUCACAACCAGAACGUCGAACGUCCAUUUCCCAUCGCAGAUGCGUCUGCUUUUAAUUUUGACUCCUCCACAGAUCCUUUCAAUCGUCGCUCUAGAUUCUAGCAUCUGCAGCCCCCUUGUCUUUGAUUAUAAUUUCGAUGUUGGAAAUAAAUUGUGACCUCUUAUUAAAGGUAUCACAGUCAUCAGAAAAUUACUAUGACAAUGCUUGUAGUAACGUCACGCUUCUAUCUAAUCAAGUAGAGUUAGAUGUGGCCGUUGUGGCUAAAGGGAUCAGGGGGUAUGGAGAGAAGGCAGGUACAGGAUACUGAGUUGGAUGAUCAGCCAUGAUCAUAUCGAAUGGCGGUGCAGGCUCGAAGGGCCGAAUGGCCUACUCCUGCACCUAUUUUCUAUGUUUCUAUGUUUCUAAGUGCUCGUAAUUAUAAGAAUAAAAGGUCAAUGAUAUGCCGAGUUUAAUAAAGAGUUUUACACGAAAUAAAUAUAUAAAACAUAACCAUAUCAUAUUUUUCUGUAUUACAAGAUUUAUUAUGGAUGAGGAUAAAUAUCCUGGACCGAUUGGCCGAGACACGAAAUCAAGUGAAGUUGACGAUUGGAAAGGAGACAGGGGUACCGUCGUUAAAAUGGGCACACGAGUUCCAAGAGAAAAGAGAUCUGUUGGCGGCCAAUCAGACUUUCAGAGGCUCAUCAAAGUUUUAAUACCAAGAAGACUCAAAAGGGCGACUCCGGAAGAAGAAGCGGAAGCAAUUUUACGACGUUCAGAAUCGGAAUGGUCGAACUUCACCAUAGAGCAGAAGUUGGCAAGAACAGAAAAUGCACUGCAAACACUGCUGGAUGUGUAUAUCGAAACAGAGGCCGAUAUGGAAAAGUUGGAAAAGGAAUGUGACGCCAACAAAACACAAGAUCUAACUUCAGAACUUGACAGGUGUAAAGAAGACCUAAAAACAUCACAAACAACUCUCAGGGAAAAGGAAACCGAGAUCAGAGACCUCAAACAAUCAGACGCCGGCAAGCUGAAAAUCAGAGUAGACGAAUUAGAAAAAGAAGUUGAAGAAAAAGUUAAAGAAACCAAAAAAUGUAAAGACGAUUGUGUGCUGUCAGAGGAAACGAAGGAUAAAGAAAUCACAAAACUGAAGGCUGACGUGGCAACAGAGACCGACAAAUUUGAUGCAAAGACUAAAGAACUAAAGAAAAAAGAGACAGAUUGCACGACUAUGGAAGCUGAGAAGGACAGAGAAAUUAAAAAAUGUAAAGAUUCCCUGAAAACAUCAGAGGACACCGUCCUUGCCAAUACGGCAGAAAUCAAGAAAUUGAAAGAAGAAAAAACACUACUGGAGGACACUAAGAAUGCCGAAAUUAAAAAACAGAAGGAUCUUUUAGCAGCCAAGGAGGAUGAGCUUGUAAAGAAAGAAGCAGAAUUAAAGAAGAAGACAGCUGAUUGUACAGUUAUGGAGAAUGAAAAGGAUGCAGAGAUUAAAAAAUUGAAGGCAAAUCUAAAAGAAGCUGAGGACCUAGCCACGGCAAAAGAAGAAGAAUUGAAGAAACUCAAAAAGACUUGCGAGGACACUGAAAAGGCCAAGGACGCCGAAAUCACCAAGCAGACGGAGCGCGCAAAAACUGCAGAGGAUGAACACCGAAAAUGUGAAGGAGAAAAAAAGAAGCAGAAAUCUGAUUGCGAGCAGUUGGAGAUAGAUAAAGAUGCAGAAAUCACCAAAUUAAAAAGGCAAUUAAAGGACCUCGAGUCAGAUAAGGACAUUGAAAUCGCAAAGCUGAAGAGAACUGUGAAAGAUUUAGAGGAUACGGUAACUGAGAAAGACGCAGAAAUUGCAAGACUGAAGACAAGUUUGGCAACUGCAGAAAGCACAAUAGAUGACAAAGACUCGGAAUUCAAGAAACUAAGAUCGGACUGCGCAGCUACUGAUGACGAACAGAAAUCAGAUAUCAAGAAAUUGGAAAAAAAAGUCGCUGAUAUGGAGGCAAGCGGUUGCAGCACUUCCGGGAAGUCUGAUGUUUCGGACAGUAGUGUGAAACAACUGAAAAGAGAGAACGAAAAUCUUCGAAAAUUACUUCAGGAGAAAACGGACGAAUUAGCAGGAAUUGGCGAUUGCGCAAGAAAUCUCAAAGAUACGCAGGAGAAACUGAGACAGAAGGAAACAGAAAUAGAAUCGUUGAGAAAAUCAAUCGGAGACACCGGUGAGCAAAUAUAUCUUGUCCACAUGAAUGUUUUGUACAGAAUUGUGUAA